UAACUCAGUGGUUUUGUACCGAAAUAAAAAGAAGAGGACGGCUUUGUAGAGCAUAGAAUUUUUUUGAACCCAACGGUCAAUUUCAUCGAUUCAAAUUAAAUUCACAACUUUAACAGUCGAAAUUUCAACUUGACUGUUGAUUUCAUAUUAAAUUAUUUCACUCUUUCUUACUUCGGGCAAUGUUUUAAAAUUUUUAAGUGAGUUAAUUAUUGGCUGCAGUUAAACAAUGGAGUACAAAAAAAUUGAAAAUUCAACGCCAUCCUCCGGUAAAAAUCGUCUUGUUGAAAAAGUACGUAAUAGCAAUAUAAACUGUGAUAGUCCAUUCAGGUUGUUACCAAAUAUUUCCACUCCUCCUUCAAGAAUGUUCACUGUAAGGAACCCAUUUGAAUCGCCUUUACUGGAGAGGUUGCAUUUGCCAGUAUGUAGUCCUGGACUUUUUGCAAAAUCAACCCCUAAAAAAGAAGAGAAGUUUAUAUGGUCUAUAUGUGAUAUAUCUAAUUUGAAACCCGCCGAAAUAGAUACAAACUGUUACCAAGAGAAUACAUGUACUAAACUAGAUCCACAAAAAGAAUCUUUGAUUCAAGACAAAAUAUCAACAUUCUUCAGGCACAAUGCUAUUGUUCCUAGUCCAGCACCAAGAGAAAAUGAGAGAAAACUAGUAGCAUUUUCGUCAGAUUUAGACUGUCAUGAAGUAAAAAAAGAAUCGACGGUCAAUAAAAAACUUCUUGAAGGACCUCAUGUGAUAGGUUUCAACAAUAGUGCAAUGGAUAUAUCCAAUGCUAGUGAGGAUAAAGAGCAGUACCUACCUGAAGAUGUAUACUAUAAAAAAUUAUUUGAUUUUGAGUGUGAGACACCAAAACCAUCUCCGUUAAUAUCGUUACUGGACUCACCAGUUCAGUUUUCACCCCCUGAAGAAUUGAAAGUUAAAAGUUUCAGCGAUGAAAUGGAUAAAAAAGUAUUCAAAGAAUGUGGUCUCUCUCCAAUAACUCCUGAAAAUGAGAUGUCACAUCGAGAUAGUUCUAAAAACUCUACAAGAGAAUUAAAAUCUGUUUGUAGACUAGUCUUUUCAGAAAAGGGUUCAGAUCAUGAAAAAGAUCUUGAGAAAUCUUUUGACUUUGAAGGAAAUGAGAAUACUGUGAAAGAGUCUGGAUUAGCAUCUGAUGAUUUUUCUUAUGGAAAUUCAGGCAUAAUGUCUAUUGAUGAGGUAUAUCCAGACAGUGAUAAUGAAAAGAUGGACAUAUCUCUAAGUAAUACGCCUAAAACAGGAAUUUUUUCGAGUCAACGUAAAAGACUGUCUGAUAGUUUUAAAGAUUUCCAUAGUUCUUUCAGUCAGUCAGAGGAGUUGAGAGAACAUAAUACAAAUGAUAUACCUACCAAAUCUGAAGGUUCUUCUGAUAUGGGCUAUUAUUCUGAAAACAUUGCUCCGUCCAUGUCUGAAAAAACAUGGAAUAAUUCACAUGUGUUUUCGUCCACUCCAACUAAAAGAAAGAAGUGAAACACCGUCCCAAGUUUUGUUUCAGACUGGAACAAAUAAUUUCUCCUCCUGUUUCAGUUGUGUAAAUAGCAAUUUUGAGUUGAUUGAAUAGAUAUACGAGUUUUAUCUUGCUAAAUUUGAUUUCUGAAUACCGAAUGUGUUCUGUAAAUUUUAAAUGUACUGAUUUAUUUUUGAAUUGAGGGGGUUUUCCUUUCUACAGAAAACUGACAAUCAUUUUUGUGCCAUUAUUAUUUU